GCACCAACAAAGCAGAAGCAGCAACACCAUAUCCAUCCAUCGAAAAGCGACCAAAACAACAAGAAGCACAGCAAGCGCCGCAAGCACAAGCAGACCCUGCUCUCCCUGCAUCUUUGGCAGAUCAUACACAAACACACAACACACGCACACAAAGGAACGCGUUGGAGUGGUGUGGAUUCUAGGUGUCCCUUUGGCCACGUUCUGGUGUGCGUUCCUCUUCUCAGGCGCUCGGAUUGUCUGCUCUCAUUUCUUGAAUCAUCGACACAGACACAGCCGCCAUGGCUUCCAAGAACUUCAACUACUCGUACAUCUUCAAGUACAUCAUUAUUGGUGAUAUGGGUGUCGGCAAAUCCUGCCUCCUGCACCAAUUCAUCGAGAAGAAAUUCCUGACCGAUUGUCCGCACACAAUUGGCGUUGAGUUUGGCACCCGAAUCAUCGAGGUGUGCGGCCAGAAGAUCAAGCUUCAGAUCUGGGACACGGCAGGGCAGGAACGGUUCCGUGCGGUGACACGCUCGUACUACCGCGGGGCCGCCGGUGUCCUGCUCGUGUACGACGUUGCUCGACGAAGCACCUUCAACCACCUCCAGACAUGGCUCAACGACGCCCGCGCCCUCACAAACCCCUCCACCGUCAUCUUCCUGAUUGGCAACAAGGUUGACCUGGAGGAGCAGCGGGAUGUGCAGACGGAUGAGGCAAAACAGUUUGCAGAGCAGAACGGCCUCGUCUUCCUCGAGACCAGCGCAAAGACCGGAGAGAAUGUCGAGGAGGCAUUUUUGGAGACUGCGAAACAGAUUUUCCAGAACAUCCAAGAUGGAAGCCUGGACCUCAACACGGCCGAGUCUGGCGUUCAGCAAAAGGCGCCUGUCGGAGCAGAUAUGCUGUCCAAGCCGCCCAGCAAGGGCGGGUGCUGCUAAUGGCCCUCCACACCGAUUGUCUACUCCUCGCACAUCAUCACCACCGCUGCCGUCGUCGUCGCCGUCGUUGGCAUGAUGGGUAUCAUCCAUCACCACUCUUCUUGACCUGCUUCUUGUCGUCAUUGUUGUUGUUCUCUCGCUCGUGAGACGCAUGCCAGAUGUCUACUGUGUCAGGCACGGUGGAUUCUUGUGUGCACACCUGUCCCUCCUCUGUCAGUCCGUCCAUUCUUUCCUUAUCUGCAUGUCUUGCGUGUGCGUGUGCGUGUGUGUGUGUGCGUGUGUGUUUGUAUGUGUGUGUGUGUGUGCGUGUGUGUGUGUGUGUGUGGCGUUGUUUGCUGGCAACACACUCGUGCUCUUUCUGUCCCCCUACGUUCCUACCCCCCACUGCUUUACCUGCUUGCCUGCUUGACUGAAUGAACAAGACACACAUCAGGAAAGGCUGACAUGUGAGAGCACCACCACCACCACCAACAACUCCAC